AUGAUUGAAUUUAGAACUAUUAUUCGCUCUCGACAUGGCCAAGGUAAAAAAAAAAGAGAUGAUAAUGACACUGAACUACUGGAAGUUGAUCAGUAUACCCCUCAGAACAAAACUUUGACAACGCUUGUGAAAGCAAGAGGAAAUAUCAAAAAGCUGAAUGAUGAGCACAAAGACUUUUUGAUAGAAUUAUAUGAUAAGGAUCCAGCUGCGACUGUUGAGGACGCUAUCGAGGAAUUGUCAGCUAAUUUUGAAGGAAUAAAAAUUAGAAAAACCGCAGUUCACGACUUUAUAAAAAUUGACAUGAACUUCACUUUCAAAAAAGCUGCAUCUCAUACCCAUAAAAGGAACAAUGAGGAGAAUAUGGAGGAGAGAUAUCAGUGGGCUACUGGAAUUGCUAAUUCAAACGUCAAUUUCCUUAAAAAUUGCGUCUUUAUCGAUGAAUCAGGCUUCCAUAUUAAUCUGAAGCGCACAGGUGCUUGGGGACCUAAGGGGGGCUAUUUCUGUCUAUGGUGUGAUUCAUACUAA